ACAGCGGCCGGUGUUCGGUGCAGCAUCCCCGGCUCCCCAGCUUCUUCCAGCCAUGGCGUUGGUAACCCUGCAGCGGUCCCCGACCCCGAGUGCUGCUUCCACAGCCAGCACGGCAACCACGACGGCGGGGGAGGAUUUUGGGAGUGAAGAUGAACGGCGGAUAAAUCAGAGCCUGAGUGAGAGUUUCUUUAUGGUGAAGGGUGCUGCCCUCUUCUUGCAGCAGGGAAGCAGUCAACAGGGCCCAAAAGCACAUCCUCCUCACAAACAUGCAGGUGACUUACCUCAACACCUGCAGGUGAUGAUAAACAUUCUCCGCUCGGAAGACAGAAUCAAACUGGCGGUACGUCUGGAAAGUGGAUGGUCGGAUCGUGUGCGGUACAUGGUCGUGGUGUAUACCAGCGGGCGACAGGAUACGGAGGAGAAUAUUCUUUUAGGAAUUGACUUCACCAACAAAGACUGUAAAAGCUGUUCAAUCGGCAUGGUGCUACCUCUGUGGAGCGAUACAAAGAUACAUCUGGAUGGAGACGGGGGUUUUACGGUGAACACAGCAGGUCGGACUCAUGUCUUCAAGCCCGUGUCGGUGCAGGCAAUGUGGUCAGCCUUGCAGGUGCUGCACAAAGCUUGUGAGGUGUCACGAAGGUUUAACUACUUCCCUGGAGGAAUGGCCCUUACCUGGGUAGGCUACUAUGAGAGCUGCAUCACUUCAGAUCAGAGCUGCAUCAACGAGUGGAACGCCAUGAAAGACUUGGAGACCACACGACCUGACUCACCCACCAUGUUUGUCGACAAGCCUUCAGAAAGAGAAAGGACAGAGUGCCUUAUUAAAACCAAACUCCGAAGCAUCAUGACAUCCCAAGAUCUUGAGAAUGUCACCUGCAAACAGAUCCGCACAGAGCUGGAGCAGCACAUGAACUGCAACCUGAAGGAGUACAAAGAGUUCAUUGACAAUGAGAUGCUGCUGAUCCUUGGCCAGAUGGACAAAGCCACUCUCAUUUUUGACUAUGUCUACCUGGGAUCUGAAUGGAAUGCAUCUAAUUUGGAGGAGCUUAAAGAGACAGGGGUGGGCUACAUCCUUAAUGUUACCAGGGAAAUAGACAACUUCUUUCCAGGGACUUUCUGUUAUCACAAUGUCCGCGUGUACGACGAAGAGGCCACCGACCUGCUGGCACACUGGAACGAUACGUACAACUUCAUCGUGAAAGCAAAAAAAAACAACUCAAAAUGUCUUGUUCACUGCAAAAUGGGCGUCAGUCGGUCUGCCUCCACUGUCAUCGCUUAUGCCAUGAAGGAGUACGGCUGGUCGUUGGAGAAAGCUUAUAACUUUGUGAAGCAGAAGAGGAACAUCACUCGUCCCAACUCUGGUUUUAUGAGACAGCUGGCAGAGUAUGAGGGCAUUUUAGAUGCCAGCAAACAGCGGCACAACAAGCUGUGGCAUCCAGACGCAGACUGUGAGAUGACGGAGGAAGGAGAUCAUCUGACUCUGGAGCCAGGAAUGUCUCCCUGUUCUGAGGAGGUGCUAUCUAAUAAAGGAGCAGCAUGCCCUUCCACAUGCAGGACUGUUGCUCUGGACGUUGACCCAGCCUACAACAACUACUAUUUCCGCCGACUCUCUGACUCAGCUCUGGACAGUGAACCAUCAACACCAGUGCGUGGUCCACCCCUUAUCGGCAUGGAAAAGGUCUUCAUAGAAAUUGAAGAUGUGGAACGAGAUGCUCUGCUGGAUGAUGAGGCCUUUGAUGGACGAGAAGGCCUUCCCUUACCCCACUUUGGGCUCACAGCAGAGGGGACCGCUGCACAGACCUGCAGGCGAGGCCCUGAGCCCCUGGAGGAGCUGCGUCUCAGGCUGGAGUUCAGCACCGUGGAGGAGGAGGAUGAGGAGGAUGUACAAAAGGAGGAAGCAGAGAUGGAAGUUCUAAUGCAGCCAGAUGAUGGAGGAGGUGGUGAUGAAACACAGGAUGUGGAAGUAGAGGGGGAUGCAGAAGGUAUUGGGAUGGAUCUGGCAACCCUUAAUGAAAAUUACAACAACAACAACCAUUCGAGCACUCUACAUAACAAAUAUGUAAGUUUAGGAGACACAGAACUUGCUUCCUCCAUCCUUCCAAGAGAUGCUUCUGUGCAGUUUAAGUGUGAUCAGAGAGAUGAUUCUUCAGACCCAGCUCUUUGCCUUAAUCCCUGCUCUCCUCCUUUAUUCCAAAGUGCUUCAUUCCUACAAUUUCAUACUUGUGCUGAAGGUCUGCCGUGCCCUCGUGGCCCUUUGUAUGAAAGUGCCAACUGUGCUGCCUGCCUACCCACUGCUUCACAUGAAAAACAGCCAGGAGACUCGUUGCAGAUAGUUCAGUCUGUGGACAAUGGUGAUUACUUAAAAGGUAACUCUGAGCUUGAUGAUAGUCAGUCUGCAGCUGCCUCAGAGCUUCUUCCUGAGCUGAUGAGAGCAGAUUUGGAGGAAGCGACACCUGCAGUGGCAUGUUACAUUGGCCAACAACAGGAGAGUCUUUCACAGCUGCAUCGUUCUGGGCUGGUCCGACGUCGUGCAGAAAGGCUAGAGAGACUUUCAGGGUUAUCUCAGCAAAGCUUGCAGUCUCUGAAGCCUUUUCAUGCAUGCCAAAGGUCCAAGAAGGGUUCCUCUCAUAACGAUGAGGAGUUCUCCAGCUUUCCAGGUGGUUUCACAAAAUCUUCAACACCAUGCCAAGUGCGGUUAGAACCUCUGAUGGUGCCACUGACCAAUGAAGCCUUGUUGGGGGUGGUGGGGUCUGGGCUGCUCACUCCUACCUCCUCACCUCAUGGCUCCACCCUGACACGCAGCUCCAGCAGCGACAGCCUGCGCAGCUUCAGGGGGAAACCUGGCCUCGUGCGUCAGAGGGCGCAGGAAAUUGAGACCCGCAUGCGACUCGCGGGCCUCACGGUGCCCUCAAAACUUAAGAGGUCCAACUCACUGGCCAAGUUGGGCUGCCUUGACUUCUCCUCCGAGGACCUGUGUUCAGUCUGCUCUUCGGAUGCGGAGACACUGCUGCUCCUUUCUCUGUCACCAGAAAUAGAUUCGGGCAUGGAGUGGGACUCUCCCACCACCUCAAUGUUGUACCGACCCGGCAAUAACCUGCACACUCCAGAGCAAGCCCUUCCAGGUGAGCCCAGAAGCUGA